AUGGCGCCGGCCGAUCGAAGCACGGAUGCUGGCGUAGACGACUUCACAAAAAAGGCAGUGGGAGCCGUCAUCGAACAAUUCAUACGAGCUCCGUUCACCCUGGAGUGGGUGAAGGAAAUGCCGAAAGUGUUGCCGAAACGAAGUGAACCAAUUGCAGUUCAACCAGUUCAACCACAUGAAGGAGAAGAAAUGAGGUCAGUUCGCAGUAUAAGGCAAAAAGCUGCUCAACCAGGUCAUGAGAAAGCGUCAUAUGUGGACGAAUUGAGAAAGUCUCUAACGACAAGCCUUGUGCAACGAUUUCGUUUUCGGCCAAAGAAAAAGAAGCUGUCUGCCAUGAUAGCCAAGUCUGACGUUGGCAGCGCUGAAUCAAGCGCUGAAGGAAGUGCUGCAAGCGAUACUGUCUCUGUAGAACCAUCCACCAAGCCAACGAAAGAAAAGGUAGAACCUGCUGCUCAGGACAAGAAAGCUAAGGAAGAGCCCAAAGAGUCAGCCUUCUCAAGUCUUCGGAAGAGAAAGAUAAAAAUUGGUAGUCCAUGGAAGCAGGCCCCCGUUACGUCUGCAGAGUCGACUGAAAAACCUGCAAAAGCUCCCGAACAAGCGGCUGCACAACCACAGUCAUCUGGCGAUUCAACAGGAAAAGAGGCGGAAGCUGCUCCGUCAGGGUCAGGAACGCAGGUGGAUCGGUCACAUAUUCUCGAGAAGCUCAAGCGUUAUUCCAAGAAGAGUAACAAGCCGGCUCCUGUCGCUAAGGACGAAGCCGCCACCCCUACUUCUGCACCAGAGACUCCACCACAAGUUGAAAGCGCCCCGGCUACUCCAGCCGGCUCUACGGCAGAUCCAUUUGAAAAAUCCAUAGCAAGAAGACUGUUGAAACGUAUCCUCUCACUAAAGAAGAAAGAUACUGCAGUGACGGAGCAGGCGGGCGCUGAACAAGGAAGUUCUGCGGUACAGCAAGGACCAAGUAAGGAUGAAGGGCAGAAAGAGUCAUCUGCUCCAGUAGUUGACCAAAAGGAAACCACCAAAGUGAAGGAGGGGUCAGCCGCAGAAGAGCCGCCUGCCGAGACGAAAAAUAAAGAAGCAGAGGGUAAAAGUAUCGAAGGUGCGGAAAAGAAGGGCACAGAUGCCAGUGAGAGAAAAGUUGAAGUGCCUGAAAAAAAGUCAAGCCAAGAAAAGAUCACAUCAUCGAAGAUCGCUAAGAGGGGUUCUGCUGAGAAGAAUGGGAGGAAAUGUGCAGAAGCUGUUCCUGCUGAGCGGAAGAGUGAAGAAGCUGAAUCAGCUGAGAAGAAGGCAAAAGGCGCUACCAAUGGGAAUAAAUCUGGUGAUGUUGCUCCAGCGAAGAAGAAUGGAAAAGCCGAGAAGAAAGAAGAACCGAAACCGGCACAGCAAUCUGCUACGCAGGCAAUGGGCACCAAGAUUAAGCACCUGUGGAUGAAAUUUAGGGGGAAGGAAUGA